AAAAAAAUAUUGGCCGCACCCAGAUUUGCGACGAAAUUAAGCGCCUUGAAUUAAUUUUUCUGCGCCACUAUCCAAAACAAAAAUCAAACAGCCCCAAAAUCAUUUCUGAGCUAACUCAAAUCUGUAAGUAAUUAUAUAUGCCCUAGAUAGUGAAAACGAAGAGAUCAGAAGUGAUACAGAGAAGAAGGGGAACAAGGUCGGUAGGUCGCAUGAUUCCGGUAUUGCUGCCUAAUUCAAUCCCGUCGCAGUUACUUCCGGCGAUCAAUCGAAAUUUUUGAAUGUGAGUUAGAAAGAGAAAUAAUUGGAUGGACAAGGGCGAGGCCGACAAGGGAACAAGUGAUGACGUCUGGCGGCAUCCGAACAAAUAUCAUGAGGAUACGAAGGGGAAAAUGUUGCUAUGGAGUAGUCUAAUUUUUGGAUUUAUCGGCGCCACCGCCACCACCUUUGCCGUUACCCAGUUACGAACCACAAUUGAUCGUAUCUACUCUCAGUUGAACAGGGCUCAAUCAUCGCUGAAGAAUGGGAAAACUUUUCGAACUAAUUUUCAAGAGGAAGCAAGGAAAAGAUAUAAUCGCCGUAUUCGAGAAGAAUAUGAAGCAGAAAUGGAGAGAGUGGAGCGAAUUCGACGAAUGCAGAGUGUUUUCAACAGAGAGAGAAGUAAAUUCAAAAGGAGUAAUGACAGCUGGCAACAACACGAUCCAGGUACAUACCAUCAGCACUUCCAGAGGGAUGACUGGUAUUGGAAGCAAGAUACUUCGUUCGGAGGUCAUAAUAGUAAUUUUAGGGAGACUCCUUGGUCCAACGGAAGCUCCCCGUUAUCGCAUCACUACUCCAUUCUUGGACUUGACAGGUUGAGGGCGACACCCUACACAGAUAACGAGAUAAAGUCAGCCUUCAGGACAAAGGCUAAGGAAUUUCACCCUGAUCAGAAUCAAGACAACAAAGAAUUUGCCGAAGCAAAAUUCAAGGAAGUUAUGACGUCUUAUGAAGCUAUCAAGUUAGAAAGAAAGAACAACCGGCAUCAAUGAUGGAGAGCUUAUACGGUGUGGAUUGUUCGUAAGCUCUUGAAAAAAUCGAGUAGUAUAGUAUAGUAUAUAACAGAAUUUCUGAGUAGAGUGCUGGUGUUUUAAAUUUUAUUAAAUGGUGCUUACACCCAAAAUACAGUGUAAUUGAACUAUAGCCAACUACACAAAGUAUAAUUCAAUAAUUGGGUUUUGUCUGUACAGAAUUUUCAUCAAGUUUUCAUGUUUGUUUUAUUUAUUAUUAUUAUUA